GCGACAAUGUGUUAAUCUUUCCGUAAGCCUCAUGCGCGCUUACAGCCCACAACUAAUCGCGGAAGUUGAAAACAAACAGAUACAGAUAGAGAAAUGUCUGUCCCUCCGUGUUGACAUUUGCUAUUAACCCAGCUCCACUCGUCUGUCAGCCAGCCUUACACGGAUGUAUUUCAAACACCCAACACCACCAUGGCCAAUAGAGACAGUCGCAUUUCGAUCCGAUUGCGCGUGUGGGCUUUUGGCUUUUACUCAGCUGAGCUCACGUUCGGCGUAGUCCUACGACACGACACACGGACGAACUCACAACGACGGCUCAAGCUUGCUUGUAACAAGAUCGCUUGUUGCCUUUUGACAACUUGUUGAGAUCUCUUAUGGAAGUUGUAGUGAACGUUCAGUGUGUGUUUUCCUGGAUUUUAAAAUGAUAGUAUGGUGUCCAUGAUUCCUCGCACAAGCCUUUUACUUGUCACCGACGCAGAGACACUGCUACCCCAGUCCAUCUCUUCAGCGACCGUUGACGAAAAACCUCAUCACAAACCCGUCGCUGUAAAACGCCGUAACAACCACCACAGCUCCCAGAUUUACGAGGAGUUCUGUCUCCGAGCUGGUUCAUGACAACUUCCGGAACGGACAAAUCUGGACAAGGGUCAUACUCUUGUCGUUUCUCUCGAAAUAUAUUUUUAGUCAGGCUGUGACUAUUUAUAGAUUUGUUCAUAGGCUGUGAAUAUUUAUAGAUUUUGUAUCUCUUCUGAGUAUUCCUGGAAAUCUUGAUACUCAAAGCGCCAGGCACUUUUAAGACUUAAUUGUGUUUCAAGUGCAGUAAAACUCUCACUAAAACACACACACGCACACCAAAACUCUAAGCACAUUAAAAAGUCGCGAAGAGCUUAAUUUACUGAAUACAAAGAAUCCUUACUUGGCAGUUUUCCCGCGCUAUCUGACGAGGCAGCCAUGUCGGACGACGCUCCGCAUUCUUUCCGGACUUCCGUUCCACCGCACGACGACGGCGACAAACAUGCGCAGAACGGGUCGCGGACCAAAGAGCCGAAAUUCACGACGCUCGCCCACCACGAGAAAGAGAAAAUGGGCGAGGAUUCGCAGUGGGUGCAACACACGAGCGUGCACACUCGGGACGAGACGAUCUCCUUCUGGAAGCUAUUUUUAGACAACUGGAUAUACGUCAUGACCUACUGCACGACCUUCGGAAGUUUCGGAGUGUGUGUCGGCUUCCUGGGACCCACCGUCUUCGACCUGGGCUGCCAGACGCACUCUGACCUCAAGGAAAUGAACUGGGUGUUUUUCGUACAGCUCAUCAUGACCCUUGUAGGAUCCAUCUCGGCAGGAUUCCUCGCCGACAA